AUGGCGUCGGGCAGCUCAAUGCCGUUCUCCUCCCUCCCACCCGUGCCCAUGGGUGGUCGCAAACCAAAGAGUCUCGGCGAGUUCAUUGCCCGCGUACAGGCGGAGCGCGGCUUUCGGAACGUCACCGAGGAAAGUCUGAAAGAGGAGGUCGAGAACAAGAAAGAUGGCACCGCCGAGGUGCAGGAGGAAGACACGACCGUUGCCGAGGGAAACGACGAAGACGAAGAACCACUAGAUGCGGGAGCCGCGCGGAUGGAGGUCCUGAGGAAUAUUGAUACCGCGCAGAACGCCGCACUCAUGACCCUCGAUUUCAUCUCGCUGCUACUCUCGAAAGAAAGCCCUGCCCAAGCAGGCGUCACGCUCUCUCAACAAUUGCGUGACUGGACCGGCAUUGGCACCCUCGGGAUCGCGAAGCGCGAAGACAACGACGAACAGAAGCAACGGGACGCCGAAAAGACAAAGGACAACCGCGACGUGUCUCUGGGUUGGGCUUUGCUCGACAUUGAGAAGACAAGAGAGUCAGCCGACAAGGCGGCAACCCAUCUGAGCAAGGAGGUGGAGCGGGAAGCGAAGUACUGGAACGAGGUGCUGUCGGUGCACCAGGCUGGAUGGUCCAUGUGCAGGCUACCGGCCGAACGACAUACCCUCGGUGUCAGAUUCGGAUUCUCAGAAGGCAGGAAUAGCAGUCUCGCGCCAUUACGACGCGGGGAUGACGGCGCAGCGCUUCUCCAGCACGGCCGCGUUGGAUCCGGCUGCCAACGCCUCGCCAUCACCGUCAGUAGAUCAGGCGAGAUAAGCGGCCGUCUCGCCGUCGGGACCUCCGUUCCGGACUCGGCUUUGCUGCCAGACCGCGUCCUCGAGGCUCGGAAUACCAUCUUCGCACAAGAGCUCUGGCAUGAGCUCCACCGCGAAGCGCAUUCCCUCGCUUCGUACGGUGUCCGCGCGGACAACAACUCAAUCAACUUUAAACCCAGCUCGGGACCGAGUCUGACGCUGGAGCUCGAGACCCUCGAGGACAGCGCCGCCACCGUCGGCACAUCGCCCGACAACGUUCUUGCAGAAGCGACGCAGCUCGGCCUACACAUCCUUCUCAGCCACGCUCACCGCCUGAACGAGCUGCAACGACUGCGGCCAACGCCCCCUACUCAGCGCCGCAACCAAACACAAAACCAGUACCACCUCCUCCGACCCAUCAUCGCGAAAAUCCUCUAUGACCGCUCCAUUAAGCAAGCCACCUGUUUCGCAGGCGACCUCACCCGCGUGCUACGGCGCGGCGGCGUCCACGCUGCCUCCUUCACCCUCCACACCCCUCCCUACCCGACCGCCGACCUGAGAAACACCUCCGGCGGGGCCUCAAACCGGCCCAACGCCUCACAAGCGCUCACCAACAUGCUCACAUCCCCAGCAGACUUCCAGAUCGAGCUGACCCUCACCCCGACAUCCCGCCUCCAGAUCCGCGGCCGCACAUUCCUCCUGCCCCUGACAACAACACAAUUCCAGCUCCAACUUCUCCCCAACGUAGCAGCACCAAGCGAACCGCCAAACGCCGAGCAGCAACCCGCGCCGCCGCCACCAAACACUCUCCAAUCCUCCUACCCACCCUCCCGCGAACCGUACCCGGACUUUUCCUCUGUCCAGCUCUACAUCACAAACGCUGCAGCGCACGCCCUCACAGACUACGCCGUAUCCCUCAUCCCCCCGCCGCCGGCUGACCCUUCUUCCUCGGAGCCCGCCGCACCCGCCGAGUGGAUCAAGUCCGUCCGCGGCACCGCCAUCCGCGACAUCGACACGGAGACGCGCGAAAUCCGCUUCGACAUCCUCGGCAGCGGCGCUGAGAACCGGCCGACGCUGCAGAUUGGCGCCGCCUGGCGGGCGGGGAAUAAGCCCCUCCUCAAGCGCUGGUCUUGGGCGGCUGAUGACGGCGAAAUCGGCGUGUCGUCAUCGUCCCCGCAGCCGCUCGUCAAUGACAUCGUCGCCGCUGUUGUCCAGUCUAGGGAGAUCUAG